AGCAACGGAAGGUUUACUUUUCCUAUCCUGCCCUCCAUGCGUUCCGUGGAGAGCCUGCCCAGCGGAUUUGGAUCCAGUACCCAGGCUUUGGUAUGUGCGGGCAGCAACCACAGCUCCAUAUCGACUGAAGAGCCAGACCCGAGCCCUACGGACCAAAUAAUGGGAAGGGCCAGAGCGUUAGUGGACCAUACUCUGAGUCCUUACGACAAGGAAGCGUUAAAAUUUAAGGCUGGUGAUAUAAUAGAUAUAGUUUCAAUGAACGCUAGUGGCCAAUGGAGGGGGAUCUGUAGGGGCAGGAAGGGUACGUUCAAUUUCAUCAACGUGGAACUGCUGUCAGAAAGGUUGGUGAAAAUGAAGCGAGAGAUCAAGUGGCGCCGGAACAUCAAGAGGAAGCCCGCCUCGGUGGAGGACCUGCUGCAGAAAAUCAACCUGCAGGAGUAUAUUUCUGUGUUUGUGCUGAAUGGGUACGAGGAUCUGAAAUAGUUCAAGGAGAUUGAACCCUCGGAUUUGGAUUAUUUGUUUGGGGAUUGUCAAUGCCUUCACGACUUAGACUGCCACAACUGGUAGCACCUCAGCGCCGAUCUGUUACGGGGCGGAAAUCACCGAAGGAAAGAGGUGAGCCUGAAACGGCGACAUAUUCAGCGGCGAUCGUUAAAUUUGCCCCGAUUCGGAACCCAGACAUUGAAAAACGCUCAGGGGGAGAGCGAGAAGAUCAAGAUGAUAAGCACGGCCAAAGCCUCGGCGAUCGGCAGCAUCGGCAAAGCAGACGCAGAGAGGACGAGACAGAAAAACCUCAUCUACGAGCAGUACGCCGACGCUGCCUUUAUGGCCAUCGUUCUGGAGGCUCUUCCAAAGAUUGCCGCCUUGCCAAGACGGAUUAGAUCGUGCUGAUAGGCAUCAAGACAAUACGAUUGCAGGGAUAUCCUGAUUAGUGGGACAGAACCGCCAGCCGUCAGUGCAUUAACAGGAGUAGAUCUGUCCAAGGUUCUUGGUACAACCUUGGGGGCCAAAUCAGCUGCGAUUUCGUGUUCAUAUUUUCUCUCCCUCUCUGCUAACGUGUAUCCUAGAUGUGAAAUUUGUUGUAUUGUACCCGUCUGUGAGUGGUUAUUUUAAUAAAUGCAUACGC